AUGUCGCAACAGGAAGGAGCUUAUCGAGUCUUUUGCGUGGCAACGAGAAUACCCUCCAAGUUCAAGCUGAGAAAGAAUGAAUUUUCUCUUCAAGAUUUGAAGGAUAAAUUCAGUCACUUUGGGGCCGAGAACUGCACUAUAGCCCGCGAUGUGCAAGAAGCAGAUCAGCACCGCCACAGGCCCAUAGGCUAUGCUGUCUGUAGUCUUAAAACUCGAGUUCCGGACAACGUGAGGUCCAACCCUCGCGAAAUCUAG